AGAGGCAGCACCAUGAGCCGCACAGUGACCAUCCAGGAGCCCAGAACCAAGCUUCAGGGGUUUCCGUACCGGUGCCAGCGGUUGGUGAACAAGGGCAGCGCCAGUAGAACGUAUGAUUUCCUGUACGACCCGUUGUUCAUUGUGUCGAGUGAGCGAGACCAUGCCCAGGCGAAUAUCCAAGCCACCCUGGUUCGAAGCAGACUGAGAAAAGUUCCUCACUUUAGGUCCAUGUUCAGUAACCUGUUUCAUCAUCCACGAUAUUCCAUGUAUUGGAACAAGUCAGAUCCUGUCCCAUUGUGUGUCAAUCGAGAAUGGAGGGGGCAAGAAGCCAGACACAAGGAAGUCCUUCGACUCUGUGCUACGGUGGAUGCUUCCUUCCAGAUGCCCAAGGAAGAGUAUGAAGAUGUGGAUGUUUCUGGACGGAAUCGCUAUAAAUUCUUUGACAGGCCCUUCCUUCCAUUUCUUCAACAGAUGCCGCUCAAUGUUGUCUUAGCACCAGCCAAGACAGAACCAUUUGUUUUUUCUUCUGAAUCUUCCAAGUAUACCAUCAUCCCUUCGAAGUCUACUGUGGGAACUCAGACCGACUACCGGGACGCGGAUGUGCAAACGGAUCCGUACUCUCCAGAAUAUGUCGUGUGUCAAGACACUAUUCCUGAGCUCCUAACCCUGGCUAACCUGACUUGGGGCCGAGGUCUCCCAGCAGGACAAGCUGAGGUGGAGAUGAUAGAACGGGCCCGGGAAAAGCGUGCUUGGGAAGCCACUCUGCCCCCACUGAACGACAACCUCCAAAUUGAGAAGAGGAGGAAGAUGAUGAACGCCAUGGAGAGGAAGGAGUGGGCCUUCAGAGAGGGAGAGAUUGAAAAACUGCAGGACCUGCGGCUGGAGGUUCUGAAGCAGCUGCUGAGGAGGCGCGAGGAGAAUCAGAAUGAGCAGGACAUGAAGCACCUGAACGCCCAGUGGUGGAAGCUGCAGGAGGCGAAGGAGGCCAAAGUGGCACAGAUCCAGCGCACACACGUGUCAAACAUCAGAAAACUCCUAAGAAAAGGGAAGAAUAUAGAGGGGAAGCUGCAGAGGAGAGACAUCAUCAAGGACUAUUCUGAUUUUGCAUCUCAGGUCUACGGGCCUUUGUCUUACCUUGGUCGUUUCCCAGACAACAACUCAGAGGACUUUGUCGUCAGAAACCACUACCUCAACACCUACGAAGGGUUAGUGGAACUUGAAUCAUGCCUCCCUGAUUUUGUGACGCAGCCCAGGAUCAAAGCUCCAAAGCCCAAGAUCAUCACCACCAAGGCCGGCUUUCUGAAGAGGGCCGCGAGGGUGGACUAUGAGUUGGCCGAGGUUCACAAGGCACUGUUGGAUAAGAAGAAUAAAGUGCAAGAUGGAAGGAAGCCUCUGCGAUUCCUGCAAAAGAACCCCAUCCCCCCGCCUCGGCUUCCAACCCCCACGCUGGAGAUGAGGGCCAGUGAAGGAGAAAAAGAAAUGGCUGUGAUCCAUCUGCAGAAGUUACUCCGGGGCAGAGUCGUACAGAACAUGAUGUUUGAGGGCAAAGAGAAGCGUCUGGAGUUGAUCAUGGAGUUGCGCACCAGCCACGCCCUGCAAGAGGACGACAAGCUAGUGAAGAGAGCGGAGAAGCAAGUGACCCUGGCCCUGCAGCGGCAGCGGAACCUGCAUGAGAACAAGUUGUCAGUCAUUGAAAACCAUCUGGGCGACCUGGAAGGAAGAGUACUGGCGGACAUGCUUGACUUCCUGUCCAAAGAGCUGGUGAGGCUGCAGGAGGAGAGGAGGAUCCACGCCUUUGCGAUGCUGGCUGAGCGCCAACGGCGCAUGCGGGAGGCCGAAGAGAGUGGUCGACGGCAGGUGGAGCAAAGGCGCCUGCAGCAAGAGGACCAGAUAUUUAUGGAGGUGAUUAAAGUCCACCAAAGCACUGUGACCUCCUACCUGGAAGACAUCAUCCUGAACACUGAGGAGAGAACGGCGGAAGAACAAGCCAGGGCCGAAAUCGAGAGGAUCGCCGAGGAAAUCAAUGACAUCGCCUAUGCAAUGGAAAGCCGUCGAACGUCUCUUCAGUCAGAGGAGAUUGUUGCCGAGUUGGUUUAUAGUUUUCUCAUCCCAGAGGUACAGAAAGACUUCGUCAAAGAGAAAGUGAGGCUUGCACAGCGGAAGCACAUUCUCGCGGCCCAUCAGAUCAUUCAAAGCUACACGGAAGCUGUGAUUCAGAAGAACACCACUGAGGAACUGCGGAGAGCAGCCCUUGCACAAGAGACGCAAGAGACUCAGGAGGCCGAUGAGAGCUCAGCAUCUAACCCAACAACUGAAGAACAUACUCCAAGUGAGGGAAGCAACUAGGCGAGCCUGACGUUUCCAUCCGGAAGAGAGCCCCGGAGGAGGAGAAGCAGCUCUGUUCAGUUUGGGUCACUGCUUAACCAAGUGUGCCGUGAAUGGACUGGCCCUUGUUUACAAAAAGAAUGGAGCACUUCCACCGAAACUGACUCCUCUCAUCUGGGCUAGGCUACAUAUUGUUGUGUUUAUUAGAAAGUUAGCAUUGGUUCUAUAGCAGUUGGAUUCUUGCGAUCUAAAAAGUUAGGCUGUAGGUUAUCGGGGAAGGGCCUUUUAUCCUAUGAGUGUACUCUUCCACAAAUAAAGCAUCAUGGAACGUG